AUGACAGAAGAAGCGCCCGCGCGAUUCGGCUCGAAAGAGUUCAAAUCGAACGGGCCAAUUUCUAUACUCGCCGCGGAUGGGAACAGGUACCAGUUGGACGAUGCCACGAACGAGUAUUUCGGGGAGAUUGAAAAAGCGUUGAGAGAGUUUGACGACAAAGACGACAAAAAGAAUAACAUCCAACAACGACGAGACGAUGGAGAAGAAGAGGAGCUCAAGCAACGAAACGAAGCGAUCGAAAUAUUAGCAAACAACGCGCUGGAAGGCGCGGAUGGGAAAGAGGUGGAGUUGAUGAUGGACGCGCGGUGUUCGCGGUUGAUCGAGAGACUGGUCGCGCACGCGACGGAUGAAGCGUUGGUGUUCUUUUUACGGAAAGCCUGUCGAGGAUGGAAGACGUACGCGUUGGCGAUGAACAUUUUUGGUUCGAGAGUCUUAGAGAGCGUUAUCAGGCAAGUUUCGAAGAGAUUGGUGGUUGAUGGUGAGGGUAGUGUUCAUCAUCAUCACGCGACGACGAAAGAAAGAGGCAUACAAGAGGUUUUGAAGUUUAAGGAGAUGCUUUUAGAGAAGGAAGACGUGGACGACGGAUUCGAGAACGAGGGUAGAAAUAGAAACAACAACAGCGACGAUGGAGAAAAGAAUAACCUCCCAGAAGCAGGACCGAGGAGUUGUUUAGAUAACUUAUCGUACGUUUUAAGUUCGCGAGCGACGGACAUCUCGUUCGACCAGCGCGCCUCGCCGGUCGCUCGGCGCGUGUUUUUUCUCUUUGCUGGUAAGGACAUGCCGCUCAAUCCAGGCGGCAGAGAUAAAACGUUAGCAGUUGGUCAACAAAAUUAUAAACCACAAGGUAAUUUAGAGAGUAAACUGAAAGGCGCGACGAGUGCGGAACAGUUCGACGCGUCCAAGAAGAAUCGAGAGAAACACCGAGACGAAAAGAACGAAGAUAGAAUAAACGCCUUCCCGGAACUUCUAGAAUCGCACACGAACGACGUAUUAGCGAACGUCGAGGAAGUUUUAUGGGACAUGACGGAUGAUCCGUGCGCGAGCGCGUAUUUACAAGCCAUUUUGCUCAGUCAAGAAGGAGACGAUGCAAGUUUAAAAUGGAUCAUUCCCGGUUUGUUGGGGUGCGCGCCUCCGGAAGACGCGCCAGACGGCGAGCUCCUCGCGGACCUCUCUUCGGACGACAUGAAAGCACUCAUGCAAUCGCGGUCCGGGUCGCACUUGCUGGAAGUUAUCGUGCGAGUUGCACCGAGAACGUUAGGAGCGGAGAUUUGGCGGAGAUUUUUUCGCGACAAAUUAAUGUCCAUAUCGAAACACCCGGUGGCGAACUUUGUGUUGCAAUCGGUUUUAGGAAGUUCGAAGGAUCCAGCUGUUGUCGCCUCUGCCGUCUCUGAACUCUCCGCGUUGUUCGGAACGUUGCUGUACGAAAACAGAGCCGGUGUUAUCGCGGCACUUUUAGCCGCCUGUUUGCGAUUGAAAACCAACGAAAAAGAUUGUUGCAAAGCCUUGGCGAGAGGCGUGACGUUCAAGUUAGAAAAGAAAAACGCCAACAACGCGACGGCGGCGGAUGGUACUCAUAACGAAGAAGGCGGCGGAGGGAGCCGAAAAGGUGGCAAAUCGCAACUCGCGCGCGCGCUCCUCUUCCUCGGGAACCCACCUCACGGGAGAUGCUCCGUACUCGGCGCCGCUAUGAUGCAAACGCUCGCCAAGUACCCCGCCGACGCUACGGUCAUGUUCCUGGAAUCUCUCUGCGAUACCGAUCCGAAAACUCUCCUCCAAGCCGCCCGCGACGCGUCUGGCUCCCACGCCAUCGAAGCAAUCUUAAACUCUCGUUUGGUAAAAGCAAAACACAAGAAAGCAAUCGCGGAACUCCUCGUCGACAACGCCGUCGCCUUAGCCGUCUCCUCCGGAGGCUCUCGAGUCCUCGAAGCGUGUUACCGCGAAACCGACAACAAAACCAAGAAAAAAAUCGUCGAACUUUGUUCCAAGCGAGAGAAAGAAAUCGUCGCCACUCGACACGGCGUGGUCCUCUUCAAACGCUUAGGCGUCAAACAAUUCCAAAACAACGCCAGCGGAUGGGAGAAACGGGAAGAAAAGUCCGCCGCCAUCCGAGCCGAGUUUGAAAAAGAGUUUGGUUUCGACGCGCCCGAGAAGGAAAAGGAGGAAAAUCGCAACAAAACGGUCCUCCGCGAGGUCCCGCCGCCGCCGCAAAAGCGCAAAAGCCGCGACGAGAUUCAUCCGGGAGGAGAAGACGAACGAGAAAACGACGACGAAAACGACGACACAAUCGGGGAUAAAAAGAAAAGCAAGAAAGAGAAGAAAGAGAAGAAAGAGAAGAAGGAAAGGAAGGAGAAGAAAGAGAAGAAAGAGAAGAAGAGGAAAUAA